AUGGCUGUCGUGCCAGGAUACCCUGACAACAUCAGAGCAAAUGAAAGGGCCGAAUUCUGGGUAGGAAUCCACUGUCGCAGAUCUGUUUUACAGUUACAUAUCCGGUUUGUAUCCCAACCUGCGGAAGUUCUUGCUGAAGCUUCCAAUCCCAUUGAAGAUCCAUUACCUCCUCUACAUAGGGGGGCGGCUCCAUGGGACGAUUGUGAAAUGAGAUUAGAUGUUGUUAAUUUUCGAGAAGAUUCUCGAAUCUUUGAAUGUGUGGAAAAUAUUUUCAAAGUUCGCUAUAGGAAUUACAAGCAUGAAUUGCACAAGCAGUUCCUCAAAUAUGACUUUACAACUGAGGCAAAGCUACAUGUUCCAAAAGGCCUAACACAAGAUAAUUGGAAUGAACUCUUUGAUUAUUGGUCCAAAGGGAAUGUGCAGGUGAAGUGCAUGAUAAAUUCUUGGUGCCGUAGUCAACAGAAAAUACCACAUAAUCAAGGGUCUGCUGCAUUUGUACCGGUGUUUAAUGAACUUAGGCAAAAGGAGGAAGGUGAUUUUAUGCCUGAUAGGAUUGCUUUAUUUAAAUUCACUCGCUGUAAGAAUGACAAGUGGAUUACACCGGAAGCAGAGGAAACUUAUCAAAAGAUGAUCACCAUGCUCGAGACUUCAACAUCAGAUGGAAAUCCAAUGACUGUUGAUCAAGUUUAUGAUGUUGUAAUGGCCACACGAUCAGGAUAUAUCAAAGGAAUGGGGAAUGGACCAAAACCACAAACAUCUAGAUCCACCCGGGCAAGCACAUCCCAUCUUGAGGAGCAAAUGAAAACGACUAUGAAUGAGAACUCUCAACUGAAGACAGAGCUUGCUGAUUUGAAGAUGAAGUUUCAACAAUAUGAAGAACUACUUGCUGCAUUAGCAGCAGAGAGAUCUAACCAAAACUGAAUUAAUUCAAUGGAUGAAAUUUUUGUGAAUUACAAGGGGUGUAUUUUUUGGAGUUGAAGGCCGGAUGACGUUAUUGUACUGUUAUUUACGCUAUUAGUUUUGAAGGCGCGAAGGGGCUUUAACCAUUACAUGCACUACUGGUUUUUUUUGCUGUUUACACUAAGCUCCUUUCUAUGGUAUUUUUUUUUUCUGUUUAUGUGGUUUGCUUUUAAUUUUCGCUCUUAAUUUUUGUUUGAUCAUAAUUGUGGUGUUCUUAUUUCUUAGGAAAGUAAAAGUAUGAAUUUGAGCUGCAGUGUAUAUAUAUGGCAGCAUCAAUAUUGCAACUUAAUCUACAACAAGGGUAUUGCAUAUCUAGACAUCAAAUUGGACCCGGCAUCAUAUCGAACCUUCUACCCCAACAUCAGGUCGGACCUUCUCCUCAAGACAAAGGACUUCUAAAGUGGCGACCUCAAUAAUUUUGAUAAACAUGAGAAUUAUUAUCUAUCUUUAUGUGCAUAAAAUUGCAUAUAAU